CGUCGCCUUGGCAACGGGACGCACAAGCUGGCGCGGGACGCAGUGGCGGUUUGGCUCGAGCCCUGGGGAAUUGUAUCAUGUCGCGACCGAAGAAUCAAAAUUACAAGAGCCAUGGAUUACCAAAGGGAAAAGAGCGAGAGCAGAGAGCAUCAAUCCGGUUCAAGACCACUCUUAUGAAUACUCUCAUGGACGUCCUUCGCCACAGGCCUGGAUGGGUGGAAGUAAAGGACGAAGGGGAGUGGGAUUUCUACUGGUGCGACGUCAGCUGGCUCCGGGAGAACUUCGACCACACCUACAUGGAUGAACACGUGCGGAUCAGUCACUUCCGAAACCACUAUGAGCUGACCCGCAAGAACUACAUGGUGAAGAACCUGAAGCGCUUUCGGAAACAGCUGGAGCGUGAGGCAGGAAAGCUGGAGGCGGCCAAGUGCGACUUCUUCCCCACCACCUUUGAGAUGCCCUGCGAGUACCACCUGUUUGUGGAGGAGUUUCGCAAAAACCCGGGAAUCACCUGGAUCAUGAAGCCUGUAGCCCGGUCGCAGGGAAAAGGCAUCUUCCUCUUCCGGAGGCUGAAGGACAUCAUGGACUGGAGGAAGGGCACCGCUGGGAAGAAGCUCACCAGCUUGGAGGCCCAGCCAGCCCGGAGCCUUGUCAACCCCUCUGGCAGCCAUGACACAAGAAGUUCUGAUGACCAGAAAGAUGAAAUUCCUGUGGAGAACUAUGUAGCUCAGCGUUACAUUGAAAAUCCCUACCUGAUAGGAGGCCGGAAGUUUGACCUGCGUGUCUAUGUGCUGGUGAUGUCGUACAUCCCACUGCGAGCCUGGCUGUACCGGGAUGGUUUCGCCCGAUUCUCCAACACCCGCUUCACACUGAACAGCAUUGAUGACCAGUAUGUUCACCUCACUAAUGUUGCCGUGCAAAAGACGUCUCCUGACUACCACCCAAAGAAGGGCUGCAAGUGGAUGCUGCAGCGCUUCCGGCAGUACCUGGCGUCCAAGCACGGGCCUGAGGCAGUGGAGACACUCUUCAGUGACAUGGACAACAUCUUCAUCAGAAGCCUGCAGAGCGUGCAGAAGGUGAUCAUCAGCGACAAGCACUGCUUCGAGCUGUACGGCUACGACAUCCUCGUAGACCAGGACCUCAAGCCGUGGCUCCUGGAGGUCAAUGCAUCCCCAUCACUGACAGCCAGCAGCCAGGAGGACUAUGAGCUCAAGACCUGCCUCCUGGAAGACACCCUGCACGUCGUGGACAUGGAAGCCAGACUCACGGGAAGGGAAAAGCGAGUGGGAGGCUUUGACCUCAUGUGGAACGAUGGCCCUGUCAGCAGAGAAGAGGGGGCUCCUGACCUGUCGGGGAUGGGAAACUUUGUGACCAACACGCAUCUUGGAUGCAUCAAUGAUCGGAAAACACAGCUGAGGCAGCUGUUCCGCUCCCUUCAAGGCCAGAAGAAAACUCCCAACUAAUCCCCAGCGCAGAGGAGAGUGACCCUGGGAGGUGCCACACCAGUCCUCUCCCUGCUCUGUUUCCAGCACAGCAGCACCUCAGAGCACUCACCUCCCUCUCUCCCUCCCUCCCUCUGCCCUGGCAGCUGGCCUGGUGCACCCACCCCACCCUGGACAUCUUUGCAACAGGAGAGAGCCAGUCCCUGGGACUGGAUAGAUUUUAAUCAUCUUGACAGAUUGGCUGGCUUGGCUCUCCAGCCUGAAGAGGACAAAUGCAGCAAGUUCUGCUACUCCAGAGAGAUCACAUCUAAUAAAGGAUCACAGUCCUUA